AUGAAUUUCAAUAUCUAUAUCAAAAUCAUCUUCCAAGCAGUCUUUAUCUCUUCUUACAGUCUUUUUCCAAGAGAGUUUUUCACUAGAAUGCGUUUCAUAGCUUCAUUGUUCACGGCUGCGUGUAUCCUGGCAGUUGGAGAUGCAGCAUCCAAAACUGCAGCUUCUUCCUCUAGUCAAACUGCUCAACGAACACACAAGCAAUCCUCUAGCUCAACUAGAUCAACGGCAUUCGCUCCAACUGGCUUCACAAACACAUCAUCUGGAGCAUGUGCAAGUGUUUCGGUAAUGAUCCGCCGAUCUCCAGAUGAGCCCAUCGUUGCAGCAUCAACCGCUCUAGAAUGCCUUAAAUCAGUUCCAUUGAAUGUCAAUAGGUCCAUCUCAUUCAUUGAGUUUAUCGAACCAUAUUUACAGCUUCAAAGUACACUGGCCUACUUGAAGAAUCCGCCUCAAGGGUGGCUUUUCCCAGGGGUCGAUGUCCUAGGUGGAUUGACACAAAUGAAAACACUUCUCCUUUCCGGAGAAUAUAAAACUCAGUGGGAUUUUGAAAGGGAUAUCUGGUCCCUAGUCAACAUUCUCCCUCAUGACCUUCAUUUCAAUUUGCCAUUGCCACUCAUUAGCUCUGUGUUCGAAUUUGCCGUUAGGGGAGGAUCGUUGGUAUCAGUUUCUUCUGAUGGACUGAGUUUACCAAAAGUUUUCUUCAAAAUGGACCUCGAUCAAACCACCAAAGCCAAGAAUGCUACUUUUACACCUUCUGCCAUUGUCAAAAUAAACGGCCAAGAUGCAAACACAUUUCUACAAAAGACUAGUCAAAGUCUUAGCAAUUUCAACGAUCCGGAUGCCACCUAUAAUCAGCUGUUUUUCUCUCCAGCCUUUAAUGUCUCAGGCGGUGGUAAUGUAUUUAAUGUCCGUCAAAUGUUGGGAUUCACAUCCGACUUCUACAACUAUACAUUCGAGAAUGGCACCACGAAAUCGCUCCAGAAUGUUGCCGAAGCGCUAAUCUCCUUUGAUGGCAUUGAUUCAGGCCAAAGUUUGUUCGAUGCCCUUAACCCAUUGCCAUCCACUACAACUGAGUCUGCUGCUGCCUCUGCUACUUCCUCCGUCCGCAUUACUACCACCACUUCUCUCGUGGGCUAUCCCACUCCCAUAGUCAUUCACCGAGAUGGCUACGUAUCUGGUUACUUCCUACCCAACAGCAGUGUCGCUGUUCUCGUCAUGCAAGGUUUUAUUGAUCCCGCAGAAACAGACACCGAUACACCACUUCUUCAAUCGGAAGUCGUAGCCUCCUUUCUCUCCUCUUGUCGUAAACACAAUAAGACGAAAUUGAUAGUCGAUGUGCAAGCUAACGGCGGAGGAGCAGUAAUAGAAGGUUACGAUACUUUCCAAAGAAUCUUACCUAGCUUAGAGCCUUUUGGUGCGAGCAGGAUGGGAAACACAGAGGUGGGGAAGUUUCUGGGGAGUGUAUUCACGGAGAAUUUGGAGAUUGGAGGAGUGCCGGAUGCGAAUUAUGAGUUUGAGGCGCAGACUUAUAUGGAUAUCAAUGGCAAACCAUUUUCAAAUUGGAGUGCGCUUGAUCCACCAGACACAAUCUACAAUGAUACUUUUACCGCACAAACACGAUUCGUUCCAGAGUAUUUCACAAGCGAGAUACCACGAAAUGGCUCACUCGCAUUGGGACCACAGAUUUUCGAAAGCAAGAAUAUUGUGCUACUAUAUGAUGGAUCGUGUGGCUCUACUUGCGCUGUAUUUUCGGAAUUCAUGAAAAGUCAAGGUGGUGUUAGAAGUGGCAUUGCUAACAUACCAUUCACUGCAGUUGUUAUGGGCGGCCGUCCUCAAACUGGACCUAUGCAAGGAGUAGCCGGAUCUAAAGGAUCCGAAGUUCUCACAUUCAGCGAAAUCGACAGCUACCUCGCACAAGUCCUCCAAACAAUAGCCAAUCUAACCCUCAAUUCCCUUUCCAUUCCCUCCGCGCCAUCCACUGCCUCCACUCCGCUGGGAGCCAUCGCCCCCUGGCCCUUAGGCGAUUCCACCUACCAAGGAGCCAAUUCCCGCUUGAACUUCCGAGACAACAUAUGCCAGAACGACUCUUCCUUCACCCCUCUCCAAUUCAUCUACGAAGCCAGUAACUGCAGAUUAUUCUACAAAGAAGAAGAUAUGUACGAUAUGCAAGGCCUAUGGAAACGAAUCGAAAACACCGUUUGGGGAGAUGGAAAAUGUGUAGAGGGGAGCACGACGACAGGAGAUGGGUCAUUUCCAAGUGGUGCAGAGGAUUCAGUAAGGUAUUCAAGUGCGGUGGACUCGCAAGUCGUGGUGGACUCGCAACCGGGGUUGAUUGCAGGAUCGAGUGAGACGGGAGGGCCGCCGUAUAGGAGUGCGAAUGCAACAACGACGAUUAAGAGUGGAUAUUUGGCACACACGGGUAGCCUGACUACUACUGCUGUGAGCAUAUCGAUAAGUUCGAGUGCCAAUGGUGGAAGUGGAGCCAAAACUACCUCAUCUGCUGGCACAAGUAUGGCGACAACAGCAGCAGCGGCUAGUGCCAGUGGUACAAGCAUUGGAAGUGCGGUCACUGCGCAAUUUAAUGGCAGGGCUACUUGCGUGAGAGAGACCUGGUGGAUGCUGGCAUUCACAGCUGUCGUGGGAGGCUUAUUGGCUUGA